UCCCCUUCCCGUCUUCCCUUAAACCUAUAAUCCCUCCCGCCGCCGCUUUCUCCCUCCGCACGCGCGCCGCCAGCUCCGGCGUCCGGCGAUCCUCCCGCCGCCUCCUCCCUCCGCACGCGCGCCACCAGUUAAGGCAGUUCGGAGAGCCGCUUCGCCGCCCCGACCACCGUCAGAAGGUUCGCGGGAACCCUACGGCAGGCUUUCGCCCCGCGGCCCGCUGAUUGCUUUAGGGAUGGCGACUUCCGCGCUGCUCCGGGCUCUGCGGCGGCCCUCGUCCGAAGCCGCGCUGCGAUUGGCAACAAGCGCAAAUGUGCAAGCAAUUACUGGAUAUAGACAUUUGAAUAACAGGAAUUUAAGUGUUUUCAAUGAGUUCUCGAAGCAACUAAAGGGGGAGGCCAAGAGUAAUCCUGAGUUCCAAAAAUCCAUGAAGGAGUUCGGUGAGAAAAUUGGUGUGGUAAAGGAAGACCUCAAAGUAAGAACUAAGAAAACGACUGAGACAAUAUACAAAAGUGUUGAUGAUGUUUGGAGUGAAGCUGAGGAGACAUCUAAAAAGGUUACUGCAAAUAUAAAAGAGAAAGUGUUUGCUGCUAAAGAAGAGGUAAAGGAAAAUUUUGGACUUGGAAAAGAAGAGAGUACAAGUUGCAAGGAUGGUUCUCCUGGAGCUUCAAAACAGGAGAAAACUGAGUCAUCCUCGCAUUCAGAUGGCACGUCUGAAGAUGCCACAAGCAGCUAUACAUUGUUUACUAAAUUGAAGUCAACAAUCUCAUCUGCUUCACCAGUUGUAUCUGGUGCAUUUGCAAAGUUGAAGGAUACAAGAGCCUCAACUUUAGCUAAGCAGGGAUAUGAAAUCAUCAAGGAAGAGUUAAGCUCUACCUCUAGCAGAAAGAAGAAACAUCAAGCUAGACAUGCUUCUGCUAAAGUAGAAAAGAGUACAAGAACCGAUUUAGUUAUUACGCCAACAAAGAAGUCGGUGCUGGGUGAAAAAUGGGAAGCAUUUAAGGAUAAGAUCCGAGGUCAUCCAGUCUAUAAGAGAGUGGAUGAAUAUACCAAGCCUGUUGUAACCAAGGGACAAGAGGUAGCUGAGGAUGUCCGAGAAAGAUGGGAGACAAGUGACAAUCCAGUAGUUCAGAAAAUUCAAGAUUUGAACGAAUCUUUGCUUGAAGAAACCACAGCUGCGGUGACAUUCAGGGAAAUUCGGCAACGAGACCCGUCCUUUUCUCUAACUGAUUUUGUUGCUGAUGUUCAAGAAACGAUCAAGCCUGUUCUCACUGCAUAUUCAAAGGGUGAUGUGGAGACUUUAAAAAAAUAUUGCACCAAGGAAGUGAUCGAGCGCUGCAAAGGAGAGAGACAAGCGUAUGCAUCACAGGGCAUAUUUUUCGAUCACAAGAUCCUGCACAUUUCAGAAGCUGAUGUAUUGGAAACAAAAAUGUUUGGAUCUUCACCCAUGAUUAUCUUGCGCUUCCAGACGCAGCAGAUAUACUGUGUCCGAGAUAGAGAAGGAGAGGUCACCGAAGGAGGACAGGAUACCAUUCAAACCGUCUUUUAUUCGUGGGCUAUGCAACUUCUGGACAGCGACGAGGUGCCAGAAGAAGAAUCAUAUUACCCAGUUUGGCGGCUGCGUGAGAUGCAACAAGCUGGCGUCAAAGCCCUCAUAUAGAGCAGAUCUUUUUUGUUCUUGCUCAUCCAUUUAUCAGCUAUCGCUCUACCUUCACCACUGCUCAAUGAGCAAUGUGCGAGAACGUUGCCCCCUCGGCGCAAAGCAAUUUUCCACAGAUUGUUUCUUUUGAUGUGUCCUGAUGAUAGCAGUUUGUUCUUAUUCUUUCCUCUAACGCGUGUGUUGCUCGUUUUAACGUCUGCUGAGAAACGGUUGUCGGCAGCGCAGUGGUGACAUUUUGUUCCAGAUCGGAAAUGAAACACCCCCGAGUUGUAACAGACGCAACAGACCAGGGCAAUACAUUCGUUGACUCGCCCUUUCCGUG